GGGCGGAAUCGGCGAUUCGAUCCGUUCGCGCGAGUCACGGAGCAACAGGCCAGUGGGUAAAGGAGUGUUUCAAUUUCUCGAAUACGCGACACGUAAAAUAUUAUUCGUUGUUUUAUAGAACACUGUGUUACAUAAGUGUUCAUUCGACAGCAUCACGUCCAGCACGAUAUCUCCGUGAUCGGCGUAUCCGCGACAUUAAAAAGGCAGCACAAAUGAAAGACCCUCUCUGAAAGAGAGCUUCAUAGGACCACGUUCAUUGUCCUGCUUAUCCUCCUCCACGGAAUUCUGCUCGGGAAUUGUGCGUCGCUCGUACAAAGGCGGCUAACAAUGGCGGCCGGUCCUUCGAAUUUCAUCACGUCGAAACGACAAGUACUGCUCUUGCUAUUUAUGUUGAGUCAAGUCAGCAGUGGUCACGACGAGGACGUGCAUACCCUUCAGUACACCAGUGUGAACUUCUCUAGCGAGAUUGCAAAGAGGAAUCACUUCAUUAUGUUCUACGCACCCUGGUGCGGUCACUGCCAAAGACUUAAGCCUACAUGGGAGCAGCUAGCGGAGAUCUCAAAUGUGUUAGAGGAGACUGGUAAUAUAAGAAUCGCUAAGGUCGACUGUACAACGGAAAGCACUUUGUGCAGUGAGCAAGACGUCACUGGCUAUCCCACGCUCAAGUUUUACAAAGCUGGAGAAACCAAAGGCAUCAAAUUCCGAGGAACCCGAGAUUUACUUUCACUGACGUCUUUUAUUAAUGAUCAACUAGACAAUUCUUUUGUGGCCAACGACGUUGUACCUUCCCCUCCAGAGCCAGUAAAUGGACUAGUGGAGUUAACGGAGCAGACGUUCGAGAAACACGUUUCUUCUGGGCAUCACUUCGUCAAGUUUUACGCACCUUGGUGCGGACACUGCCAGAAAUUAGCACCGAUCUGGGAGGAAUUGGCGAACAGUCUUCGUAAUGACGAUGUAGUUGGUAUUUCGAAGAUAGAUUGCACCCGCCAUCGCAGCGUUUGCGGCCAAUUUGACAUUAAGGGCUAUCCUACAUUGCUGUGGAUCGAAGACGGCAAGAAGAUAGAUAAGUACACCGGUCAACGUACUCACGAAGAGCUGAAGGCCUACGUGUCGACGAUGCUGGCCAACGCGAAUGCCGCAUCGGGUCCGAAGAGCGGAGGCAGCGCGGAGGUGCCGAACACCAUGCUCAGCCUGACACCCGACACUUUCAAGCUCAGCAUCAAGAAGGGCCUCUCCUUCGUGAAAUUCUUCGCGCCCUGGUGCGGACACUGCAAACGCUUGGCGCCCACGUGGGACGAGUUGAACAAGAAGUUCAUCGCCAACAGUAACGUGAACAUUCUUAAGGUCGACUGCACGCUCGAGGCGAGCAAGCAGCUGUGCAAUGAGCAGGAGGUCGAGGGUUUCCCUACGUUGUACUUAUACCGGGACGGGCAUAAGGUUACCGAGUACAACGGGUCACGUGAUCUCGAGGAUCUGUACGAGUACGUGUUGACGCAGUACCAGGUACACGAUGAAUUGUAAUCGACUUGUCGAGGCGCCGAGACGAGUCGAUAAUAUAUUCCCGAUAGUACUUUAAGUAGCUAAUUUAAUCAUAUGUAUAUACGCGUGCGUGUCGAUCCAUAAUCUACUUAAUAUCCAAAGACAGCGAAUAGCAACUUUUUUCAUUUUUAUAUCUUACAUUGAAAAAGAGAAACAGCGACAGUACAUUGAAGUAACGUACCAGGAUGUACCUCCCUGUGUCAAAAAGAAGAAACUGUAUUUCCAAAAUAUAUCUUUACGAUUAUCC